GAGCGAUGGUCGGAUUAAAGAUGGCGCCCUCUCAUGCGGUAAGAUGCUGUCAACGGGGCUUAUCCUGGAUACCUGUGAUUUUUAUCAACCUGGUCGUGUGCUGGUCCUACUACGCCUAUGUGGUGGAGCUAUGUAUAUAUACAAUCCCUAACACCGAGGAGCAAGUUAUAUAUCUCAUAGUGUUUCACAUCUGCUUCUUCAUGUUUAUAUGGUCCUAUUGGAAGACCAUUAUUUCCAAGCCAGCCAACCCCUCGAAAGAGUUCUGUCUCCCUAAGACAGAGAAAGAGAUGUAUGAGAAAGAGGAGAGACCAGAAUCCCAGCAGGAAAUCCUGAAGAAAGUGGCUAGAGAAUUGCCCAUAUACACACGCACAGGAUCUGGGGCUAUCCGAUACUGUGACCGUUGUCAGCUGAUCAAACCAGACAGAUGUCAUCACUGCUCCACUUGCGACAAGUGUGUCCUGAAAAUGGAUCACCACUGUCCCUGGGUUAAUAACUGUGUUGGAUUCUCAAACUACAAGUUCUUUGUGCUAUUCUUGGCAUUCUCUAUGCUGUACUGCAUCUUCAUUGCCUCUACCGUUUUGCAGUACUUCAUCAAGUUCUGGACACUUUGCAGACGGAGGGCUAUAGAGCAUUGCCCGGAGAAUCAGCUGCCGGACACUCAUGCAAAGUUCCAUGUGUUGUUCCUCUUCUUUGUGGCGGCCAUGUUUUUCAUCAGCAUCCUGUCACUCUUCAGCUACCACUUAUGGCUAGUGGGAAAAAACAGAACCACCAUAGAGGCUUUUAGGGCACCGGUGUUCAGAAAUGGCCCAGAUAAAAAUGGUUUCACCCUGGGCUUUCGCAAGAAUAUCACCCAGGUGUUUGGAGACCAGAAGUACUACUGGUGCUUACCAGUUUACACCAGUUUGGGAGAUGGAUACACAUUCCCUACCCGCCUAGUCAACAUUGACACAGAGCAAGGCAAUGUUGAACACCAGACCAUUAAAUGCACAGUUGAUGGACAGACAAACGCCAGACCUCUAAGUGAGUCACAGAAUCAUCUCAUAGGCAACGAUGUGCGCACUGAGGAACAGAAAGAUGGAAGCCCUGCAAACAGUGAGGGAUGCCACACUGUUUCCAUUACCAUGGAGAAUUAGUCGUUGUCAGGACUUUUAGAAUGGCGCAAACAAGUAUUUGGUUUUCCUGUCUUUAGGAUACUCUUUUCCUAAGACCUCACAUGAAAGACCACAUAACCCUCAGAUAUAAUGCCUUAAAGUUAUCAGCAUUAUCUCAUCUGUAAGGAAACGAUCUGCAGCAUGCCGCUGUGGUGGAUGUAUUUAAACUGAAUUCAAAUCAGCACAAACUCUUUGAACCAAAUAUUGACUGAACUGAAUGGCUCUUUCACCAGUUUUAUGACGUGGUGCUAACAGCACUUGGUAAUCUGAUGUUUUUCCUUUUCUCCAGACUUUCACAUAUGUUUUUUUGUUUGACCAAAUAUCCUAAGCUGAUCUUUAGUUUUUUGUUUGUUUUUUCUAUCUGAUACUUUGUCAUUUUUUUUUUAUAUUUUCUGGUUAUCUCUGGGACUACUUUGUUAAUGUAGGCCAAAAAUUGUCAAUAUGGGUAGGCUUUUUUAUUUCAGGUGUUUUAUAUCCAAGAUGCACUUUUGUCACCAAGGAUUUUUGAUGAAGGUUUUUGCAGAUAUUUAUGGAGAUGAAGUAAUAACCAAGUACAACCCAGUAUUUUGCACUAGAAUGUAUUAACCCAUAGAUUUAUAUUCACUACUCAUCAAUGCCAACCUAAACAAAUUGACUUAGGUGACUCUGAAAUAGAAAUGUUAGUCAAAAUAUUUUGCCACAUAACUUGCAAUGAGGUAUUUUAUGUUUUUGAAAAUAGCCCAUUUAAAGGGAUGGUUCACUCAAAAAUGAAAUUGAUAAUUUACUUACACUCACGUUGCUUCCACUUCCAUAGAACACAAAAGAUGUUUGGCAGCCUCCGUCACCAUUCACUAUGUUAGUAUGGAAAAAAAGUGAAAUAUCCCUUUAACUAUAAAGUUCUAGAUGGAAAUACUGUAUAGUAUUCAAUGGCGUUCUACAACUUUUAUGUCUCAGUAUUUGUUGUAAGGGCCCAUUUAAAAUGGGCUUCACACCUCCACCCAUUCAUCAACAUCAAGUUAAACAUAAUUUUUUCUGACCUCAAGCCAAUCUGCAUUUUAUACUUUAUGCCUCCAGGGUUACAUAUUAUUGCAGAUGGUGUGACAUUAAAGCACUCUUAAAACUUUCUAGAUUGUGUAGCACCGCAAACACAUCUCGGAACACUUGCUUAUUACAAAGGAACUCAGGCCAAAUACUUAGAAUCGUAAAAAAAAAAAAGCUUAAUUUGUAGUUUUGAUAUAAAGGUAAUGUUUGAAACUAGUUAAAACUGUUUUAUUGCACUUGGUGAUCAUUUUUUAUUUUCUUGAUCAGGUUAGUUCACCCCCAAAACAUUGUCCUCAUUUCUUCCAUAGAACAGGAGAUGUUAAGAAGAAUGGGACUAGAAAGAAGUUAGGGACUAGAAUUGACCGAUAGUGGGUUUUGCCGAUACCAAUAACUAUACCAUUAAUGGUGGAAAGGCUGAUAACCAAUUUAUCAGCCGAUAGUUAAAAAAAAAUGGAUUAAUAGAAUUUUCCCGUCUACACCGGGUGUAAGAAACCAUACAUUAUAGAACCCUGUAAUAUUCAAUGAUGCUGUCUACACUGGAAGCAUCCGUUGUGGCGCGUCCAUCACGGCGAGAGUAAACUAGUGUCCCGUUCCAUUUUGCGAUGUACGAACUGGUGUUACUGCUGCAAACAACACAAAUAAAUGGUUUAGAACGCGUCCAAUGUAGACAGCAUUUGCGCCCGGUAUAAACAGGGUGUUAGUCGGCACAGACUUAAAGGCCAAAGUCCAAAAUUAAUAAAAUCCCAGAUAUAGUAAAAAAAAAAAAAACAUUUUAUUAACCAAAUCCCAAUAAAAAUAAGGAAAAAAAGAAGAUCGGGUGCCUAACGUGUGACUUUUAACACUAAACAAGCAUGAAACAGACCGGGGACAUUUAUUUUGAAAUGACGGAGACUUGGUUACAAUGCUCUAUAUUUUAUAUUUACCAAAUUAAUAUUUGUAUUGCCUAUAUUAUUAUUAUUAAUAUUAUUAUUCACAAUGUAUGAAGUUAGAGACUCAAUGUAUGUACUGACAAGGGACAUUGCCAUAGUUACGUUUUUCUUUGCAUGGCCUCACUUCAACUUAAAGAACGUAAUUAUCGGAGGAACACAGAGGAAUAAAUAAAAACAUCGGCAUAGAUUUUUGCCGAUAAACGAUCGCUCUAAAAAGCAACUAUUGGCACUGAUUAAUUGUUAAAACCGAGAUAUAUCCUCUACCUCUAUUAGGGACUGACAGCUUAAGUCACCAUUCUCUUUCGUUACAUAUUUUUCCAUAAAAAGAAAUUUUUGCUUUUGGGUGAGCUGUUCCAUUAAUGCGUAAUCAUGGAAGUGAGAGGUGAGCAGAGAGAUUUAUUUACAGCUGCAUUGUGCUGUCUUGUUUAUUUCUGAAGGAUUGUGACCUCAUAUUUGUAAUAGGAAGGCUUGUCAGUUGAUUAUCAGAUUAGCGAACUGAAAAAUUUGAUCAGUCCAAAAUGCACCAUUUCAGGUCUGAUUAUCAAGAAAGUCAGCGAAUCAAGUUAUGUUGUUAAUUUGCUGAAGAGUUAGAUAUUUUUGUAUUUUUAUGGUUUAGCAGCACAACAAAGUUGCAAAGCAUUUAAUUUAUGUUAUUGCACAUCAAUGUGAAGAAUAUUGAAAAACAUGGUCUGGAUAAUGAGGUGGUUUACCACUUCAUGACCUCACAUCACCAUUUAUGCAGAACAGGAGCUGAUGUUACCUGAGCAGUAUCAUACCGAAAUAUGCAAUUUGUUUAAAUAUGAUUUCUAAUGGGCUGCUACAUCUGCUGGAGGUCAUAUGAGUUUUGUAUCAUUUAAAUAUGAGUAAGAACAGUGAUUAUGCCAAAAAUAGGUUGAUAUCAAGGAACUCAAUAAUUAAUCACUUAAUCCCUCAUGACUAUGUAAUAUUACUGGAAUUAAAUACCAAACAUAUGAAGGAUUAUUUUCUCUUUUCAGAUUUCUGUUAUUUUUAUUUACAAAAAACUUGCUUGUGCAAAAUGUUCAGCUUUUUAUAUAUAUAUAUAUAUAUAUAUAUAUACUUACCCUUCAUAUUAUAUGUUAAGAUGAUUCUGAACAGUUUGCACAAAUUUGUCAUGUCUAAUUAAAUGUAAUGUUUGUACUUUGCAGAGGAAACAAGUAUUCGGUGUAUGCAUUUUAAAAUCAACUUAACAAUAAAAUUCAGUCUGAUUUAUU